GCAGCUUCAGCACGUGACAGCGUUGUGCGUCACAUGACAGGAGUGUUGUCUUGUGUGCCGGACAGUCGAUGAGGCAGUGAGGCACUGAAGAUGGCGUGCUGUGGGAGCUGUCUGUGCUGUCAGUGCUGCUGCAGGGAGGGGGAGACCAGGACACCCGAGGAAUUGGCAAUUCUAGGAGAAACCCAUGACGAGGAAGAUGAAAUUCUGCCAAGGAAAGAUUAUGAGAGCCUGGACUACGAUAGGUGCAUCAAUGAUCCAUAUGUUGAGGUUCUGGAGGGAAUGAAUAAUAAGAAAGCCAAAAAAUACGAAGCUGUAAAGUGGAUGCUUGUUUUUGCCAUAGGAGUAACUAUUGGUUUGGUUGGUCUUUUCGUGGAUUUUUUUGUCCGACUCUUCACUCAACUGAAGUUUAAGGUGGUGGAAAAAUCUGUGACAGAGUGCACUGAGAAGGGUUGCCUUGCUCUGUCGCUGCUCGAGCUUCUCGCCUUCAACAUGACCUUCGUCUUCAUCGCCAGUGUUUUAGUUCUCAUCGAGCCUGUAGCAGGAGGAUCGGGAAUUCCCGAAAUCAAGAGCUACCUGAACGGGGUGAAGAUCCCGGGAAUCGUGCGGCUGCGCACCUUCCUGUGCAAGGCCGUCGGAGUGCUGUUCGCCGUGGCCGGAGGUCUGUUCGUGGGGAAGGAGGGGCCUAUGAUCCAUAGCGGAGCCAUUGUGGGAGCCGGCCUCCCUCAGUUCCAGAGCAUUACCUUUAAGAGAAUCCGCUUCGACUUCCCCUAUUUCCGCAGUGACCGGGACAAAAGGGACUUUGUUUCAGCGGGAGCCGCAGCGGGUGUGGCUGCAGCUUUCGGGGCUCCCAUCGGGGGUACCCUCUUCAGCCUGGAGGAGGGCUCCUCUUUCUGGAACCAGGCGCUCACAUGGAAAGUGCUGUUCUGCUCCAUGUCAGCGACCUUCACCCUCAACUUCUUCCGCUCUGGGAUCAACUUCAACAAGUGGGGCUCCUUCCAGCUGCCUGGCUUGCUCAACUUUGGAGAGUUUAAGUGUCCAGACGGGGAUAAGAACUGCCACCUGUGGACGGCAGUGGACCUGGCCUUCUUUGUGAUGAUGGGCAUCGUGGGGGGGCUCCUGGGUGCUCUCUUCAACUGCAUCAACAGAAGGCUGUCCAAGUACCGCAUGAGGAACGUGCACCCAAAAGCCCGCUUUGUCAGGGUAUUGGAGAGUCUGCUGGUCUCCAUGGUGACCACGUUGGUGAUAUUCCUGGCCUCCAUGACGCUUGGAGAGUGCCGGGACCUGUUCACCCCCACCACCAACCACACCACCACGCUGGUGUCGGUCUCUGAGGAUGUGAACUCCACCAUAAAGCACUUCUUCUGUCCCAAUAAGACCUACAACGACAUGGCAACUCUGUUCUUCAACCCCCAGGAAGUGGCCAUACACCAGCUGUUUCAUCAGGAUGGAACCUUCAGCCCGGUCACUCUCACCAUAUUCUUUGUGCUGUACUUCCUGCUGGCCUGCUGGACGUACGGCGUCUCGGUGCCCAGCGGCCUCUUCGUCCCCUGCCUGCUCUGCGGCGCCGCCUUCGGGCGCCUGGUGGCCAACGUCCUCAAAGUAAACAUUGGGAUUGACAUUUAUUCCGGGACCUUCGCUCUGAUUGGUGCAGCCGCCUUCCUCGGAGGCACCGUCCGCAUGACCAUCAGCCUAACUGUCAUUCUCAUCGAAUCGACCAAUGAGAUCACAUACGGGCUGCCCAUUAUGAUAACCCUCAUGGUGGCCAAGUGGACGGGCGAUUUCUUCAACAUGGGCAUCUACGACAUCCACAUCCUUCUGAAGGGAGUUCCGCUGCUGGAGUGGGAGACCGAGGUGGAGAUGGACAAACUGACGGCCAGCGAUAUCAUGGAGCCCAACCUGACGUACGUGUACCCCCACACUCGCAUACAGUCUCUGGUGAGCAUCCUGAGGACCACCGUGUACCACGCCUUCCCCGUGGUGACCGAGAACCGGGAGAACGAGAAGGAGUUCAUGAAGGGCAACAUCCUGGUCAGCAACAACAUCCGCUUCAAGAAGACCAACGUCCUGACGCGGGCAGGCGAGCAGCGUCGGCGCUGCCAGUCCAUGAAGUCGUACCCGUCCAGCGAGCUGCGCAACGUGUGCGACGAGCAGCAGGCCGUGGCCGCGCCCAGCGAGGAGCGCCAGGACAUCCUGCAGCAGAUGCUGGAGCGCAGGCACGAGCCCUACCCGAACCUGUACCCGGACCAGUCCCCCAGUGAGGAGUGGACCAUGGAGGAGCGCUUCCGACCGCUCACCUUCCACGGGCUGAUCCUGCGCUCGCAGCUGGUCAACCUGCUCAUCCGCGGCGUGUGCUAUGCGGAGAACCAGUCGAGUGCCACUCAGCCCCGGCUGUCCUACGCUGAGAUGACGGAGGACUAUCCCCGCUUCCCAGACAUCCAUGACCUGGACCUGGCCCUGCUCAAUCCACGCAUGAUCGUAGAUGUGACCCCAUACAUGAACCCGAGCCCCUACACGGUCUCUCCGAACACGCACGUGUCCCAGGUGUUCAACCUGUUCAGGACCAUGGGUUUACGGCACCUGCCUGUGGUCAACGCCGUGGGAGAGAUCGUGGGAAUAAUCACCAGACACAACCUGACCCACGAGUUCCUGCUGGCCAAACUGCGGCAGCACUACAUCACCAUAUGAGGACCGACCGAGCCCGCCAGUCACCCGCCAGUCAGAAUCAGAAGCGCUCCUCCGGCCCGGACCCAAACCAGCCGGCCCUGACCCAAACCGGCCGGCCCUGACCCAAACCGGCCAGCCCGGACCCAAACCGGCCGGCCCUGACCCAAACCAGCCGGCCCUGACCCAAACCGGCCGGCCCUGACCCAAACCAGCCGGCCCCGCCACGCUCUCCCGAACUCCAGCCAUUCCCACCGUCCGCCACACCUCAAGUAACACACACUAAACACAGGGAGGAUCCAGGAGGUUCCACAGAACGGGAACUCUCCGAGUGACCAGCUGUCUUUCAGUUUCCAUAAAAGGGAGAAAAGCUUUUCCUUUGACCCAAUCCCUCCAAGCACCACAGUGAAAGGAGGCAUUAAGUUCAGUAAUUCCAUGCUUUAUCAAAUAUGCUUUACAAACUAUACUGUAGCACUUUUAUUUUGAGAUUUUAAUAUGUUGGGGUUUUUUUAUUGGUGUAUAUUUAUGUGUAUAUUUAUCUUGCACUAAAACCAUUUUAAACCAGGACCUGUCCAGCCAAGGUUUGUGAAAUGUUUUGUUUCACUUUGUUGAAAGGUCAGAAGAGAUCGAAGAACCCACUGAAAUGUUUAUGAGUCAGUAAUGUGCCAUUGUAGGUAGAUGGAGAGUCAGGCAUUGCACUUGUCUGUUCAGUGUCUAUAUGUUAUUGGACAGACAUUUAGACCAGCUGCUGAUUGCUCUGUGCUGUGGGGAAAACCACUUAUAUGAAUUCCAUUUGUGGGCAGGGGCCAUUUUGAGUGUUCUUUUGUUUUAUUCCUUUUCAAAUUUUGUUACUGUGAUCAAAGAUCAAAAUAAGAAAAUCAAUUUAUUUAACAGUUUGCUUACCUUGUCAUAAACUGGAAGAGAUGUGUUCUCAAUGCUUCUAAACCUUUGUGGGAGCAGUGUGAAGUCAAUUGUAUUAUUUUCUUUAUUUCUUUUUGCACACUUAACAAAUGCAGAGGGCUGCUCGUCAUACGUAACAGACAUUAUAGUCACUGGAAGGACUUUGGCGAGUGGGGCCAGUUUUUGGGGCCGUGUGUGUGUUUUGUAACCCAUGGCAUUGUGGAAGGACACGCGUAUCUCUUCCGCCGUUGGAAUCCCGUAAGGCCCUACUUGAGAUUGGUGGCAUCGCGCCCUUGUCAAAUAUGUGACCCCCAGGCACUUUGAGGCCGCGCCAGUUAGACGCAGUAGAGUUUGGAAAUGGGCAGUGCGCGCUAGGAAUUCUACUCGCUGCGGAGAAUCCAGACUGAGAAGCGUCUCCUUUCUAGAGGGACAGAUGAGGAUAGUGCUGUACCAAUCAGGUGACCAAUGGAAGGAUGCAGAAUAACUUGUUUAUUUAUAUUCUGAAGCAUUUACUUUUGCGGGCAUUGUGCUUACAGUAUGCGUAAUAUUUAAGGAAUAGGUUUUAUUGUGUACAUUUUUAAUAUGUUUUGCUAUGAAUUGAACUGGGGUGUUCUUUUAGUGUGUCAUCAGUAGUGUGAGAUACAGAUCAAAUCAAAGGUUACAUCAUGGAUAGCUAUUGCACAUUGCGAGCAGAGGCAGUUUAGACGUUACAAACAUGUCUCAUCUCACGACCACAUUUAUCUGUUUAGUAUCUGUUAUUGUGAGGAAAGUUAAAAUGGCAGGUUCUGCAGUAUGUAGACUUACCUUAAAGCCUACGUGUUAUUUUCAGUAUUGGAGACCACAGGAAUGUUUUGCCCAAAGACGGUGUGACCUGCCUGUCAUUGUGGAGACUGAGCUUUGGUGACCUCACAGAGAGAGGGAGGGAGAGAGAGAGAGAGAGGGAGAGAGGGAGAGGGAGAGAGGGAGAGAGGGAGAGAGGGAGAGAGAGAGAGAGUAAGAUGGGGACCAGGCUUGCAAUGCCUUAGAUUAGUUUCUCAGACAAAGCUGCUCGUUUGUUUGAGUGUAAAAAAGAAAAGGCGUCGUCUGUCUAAUUAAAUGAAUAAACUGUGAGGGGGUGAGCUGAAAGGCUGGUUUGGCCGUUUGUAAUUAAGUUUCUCUCGCGCCCAGCAGAGCGCCGGACGGGCAGGCGGCGCAGCGACAGGCCGCGCGGCGCGGCUGCGUGACGCGUCCCGGCGUGGCUGACCCACACGGAAACGCUCGAGGCGUGCGGCACGUCCUCAUUUUCCGCUGGUGAAUAACCAUGGGGAGGCCGGCGCGCUCAGGCGGUAAUUAAGGGGGCCGCUUUUUCCCUCGGUGGAAAAAAAAGUUCAGGGCACGACGGUGCCUCCUGGCUUCUCUCUCGCUCUCUCCCUGCACCUGGGAACACCUGUGACCCCGGUCCCCCCUCCCCGAAUCCCGCUGACAGACCGCGACAUCUAAUCUGCGCUUGUGAGCGCAUCGCUCUGAGUCACCCGUAGGGGGCUUUCAGCCCGUAGCAGCUAUCCCCUUUAGCACAGUGUGUUAUAGUCUUCACUGAGCGCAGUUCAGCCGUCUCUGUCCCCUUUAGCACAGUGUGUUAUAGUCUUCACUGAGCGCAGUUCAGCCGUCUCUGUCCCCUUUAGCACAGUGUGUUAUAGUCUUCACUCACUGAGCGCAGUGCAGCCGUCUCUGUCCCCUUUAGCACAGUGUGUUAUAGUCUUCACUGAGCGCAGUUCAGCCGUCUCUAUCCCCUUUAGCACAGUGUGUUAUAGUCUUCACUGAGCGCAGUUCAGCCGUCUCUGUCCCCUUUAGCACAGUGUGUUAUAGUCUUCACUGAGCGCAGUUCAGCCGUCUCUGUCCCCUUUAGCACAGUGUGUUAUAGUCUUCACUCACUGAGCGCAGUUCAGCCGUCUCUGUCCCCUUUAGCACAGUGUGUUAUAGUCUUCACUGAGCGCAGUUCAGCCGUCUCUGUCCCCUUUAGCACAGUGUGUUAUAGUCUUCACUCACUGAGCGCAGUGCAGCCGUCUCUGUCCCCUUUAGCACAGUGUGUUAUAGUCUUCACUCACUGAGCGCAGUUCAGCCGUCUCUGUCCCCUUUAGCACAGUGUGUUAUAGUCUUCACUGAGCGCAGUUCAGCCGUCUCUGUCCCCUUUAGCACAGUGUGUUAUAGUCUUCACUCACUGAGCACAGUGCAGCCGUCUCUGUCCCCUUUAGCACAGUGUGUUAUAGUCUUCACUCACUGAGCGCAGUGCAGCCGUCUCUCUCCCCUUUAGCACAGUGUGUUAUAGUCUUCACUGAGCGCAGUUCAGCCGUCUCUAUCCCCUUUAGCACAGUGUGUUAUAGUCUUCACUCACUGAGCGCAGUGCAGCCGUCUCUAUCCCCUUUAGCACAGUGUGUUAUAGUCUUCACUGAGCGCAGUGCAGCCGUCUCUGUCCCCUUUAGCACAGUGUGUUAUAGUCUUCACUGAGCGCAGUUCAGCCGUCUCUAUCCCCUUUAGCACAGUGUGUUAUAGUCUUCACUCACUGAGCGCAGUGCAGCCGUCUCUGUCCCCUUUAGCACAGUGUGUUAUAGUCUUCACUCACUGAGCGCAGUGCAGCCGUCUCUCUCCCCUUUAGCACAGUGUGUUAUAGUCUUCACUGAGCGCAGUUCAGCCGUCUCUAUCCCCUUUAGCACAGUGUGUUAUAGUCUUCACUCACUGAGCGCAGUGCAGCCGUCUCUAUCCCCUUUAGCACAGUGUGUUAUAGUCUUCACUGAGCGCAGUGCAGCCGUCUCUGUCCCCUUUAGCACAGUGUGUUAUAGUCUUCACUGAGCGCAGUUCAGCCGUCUCUAUCCCCUUUAGCACAGUGUGUUAUAGUCUUCACUGAGCGCAGUUCAGCCGUCUCUGUCCCCUUUAGCACAGUGUGUUAUAGUCUUCACUGAGCGCAGUGCAGCCGUCUCUGUCCCCUUUAGCACAGUGUGUUAUAGUCUUCACUGAGCGCAGUUCAGCCGUCUCUGUCCCCUUUAGCAUAGUGUGUUAUAGUCUUCACUGAGCGCAGUUCAGCCAUCUCUGUCCCCUUUAGCACAGUGUGUUAUAGUCUUCACUGAGCGCAGUUCAACCGUCUCUCUCCCCUUUAGCACAGUGUGUUAUAGUCUUCACUGAGCGCAGUUCAGCCGUCUCUCUCCCCUUUAGCACAGUGUGUUAUAGUCUUCACUGAGCGCAGUGCAGCCGUCUCUAUCCCCUUUAGCACAGUGUGUUAUAGUCUUCACUGAGCGCAGUUCAGCCGUCUCUGUCCCCUUUAGCACAGUGUGUUAUAGUCUUCACUGAGCGCAGUUCAGCCGUCUCUAUCCCCUUUAGCACAGUGUGUUAUAGUCUUCAUUGAGCUCAGUUCAGCCGUCUCUAUCCCCUUUAGCACAGUGUGUUAUAGUCUUCACUGAGCGCAGUUCAGCCGUCUCUGUCCCCUUUAGCACAGUGUGUUAUAGUCUUCACUCACUGAGCGCAGUGCAGCCGUCUCUGCCCCUUUAGCACAGUGUGUUAUAGUCUUCACUGAGCGCAGUUCAGCCGUCUCUGUCCCCUUUGGCACAGUGUGUUACAGUCUUCACUCACUGAGCUCGGUGCAGCCGUUCCUCCAGAGGCCAUGGCCUCAUCAGGCCACAGCUGUUCCGUCCCUUCGGUCCAGUGCCCCAGACGGUCCCGUUUUUAAUCGCUGUAAAGUGUUUCGCUUCGGCGCGGAGCCAUAAAAUGUGCAGUAAAAUGCCGCGCCGGUUUUGCCACCCCCUCCCCCCCCCCCGCACCUUGGCAACAAACGCACGCUGUUGACAUAAUUUUUUGGCGGCUAUUUUUGGUGGCGUUCCUCGUGCACCUGUUGUUUUCUCGAACCUGAGACUUUCUGAUAAUUAAUGUAGUGUUGCCUGGUACACUCCUAGAUAUUAAAUACACCUGUGAAAGAAAAGAAAAAAAAAACACAAUUAUGAAGUUGAAAUAUGUGUUUGAAUUCUUGUUUUCCUCAUAUAUACUUAUAUAGUGAGUUUUAAUAGAAGUUUGGGAGAGGGGGUGACUUGGACAACAUGGGGGUCUUUAGAACAAUGUGUGAAGUGUCACUGAAGUUGAGCAAAUGACAUGGAAAAAUGAAUUCUGGCCGACUGUAUAUGAAGUACACUGGCACUCGCUCACUGGCAAUGGAUUCUACAAUGUGACAGAGUCAUGUUUUAGUGUCCUUGCUUAUGUGAGUAUGAAAUGCUGGCAGCAUCUAAGACAUCAGUGACAAAUCUGCCCUUUUUCUGAAUGUGGGUUUGGUCUCUUCACCGAAAGGUUGAAAAUCACUACCUACAAAUCUUUUAUAUUUUAACGGUAUUCCUAAAUAUUUUGUUGAACUACAGAGGGAGGUGGAAUAUUUGUGCAUUUCGGUGUGCUUGUAAUUAAAGGCAUCUCUUAGCUUUGACUUCUGCUAUGUCAGUCAACCAAAUUCCCAAUUUAAGGUUUUUUUUAUUUGUUUUUUUAUUUGUUCAUAAUACAGCCCAUUAUUGGAUGAACAGUGCAUUAUCACUGAACUGGAUAUUGUAAUAACUUAAGGUCACUUGUAUGGAGUCUGUACUUCCCUUUGCAGAUACGCUGAGCUUGAAAAGGACCACAGUCCUGUACUAACAGAUGGAACAGGUUUUAUUACUUUUGAAACUGCAUUGAAAUAAAGCCAUACAUUCCUUAA